UCUUACCUAGCGUCUUGCUUCGUCUUCUUGGUAGCUGUUGCUCAGCUCUUGUUGAUGAGCUCGUGAAUGUUGGUGAGACUGGGUCCUAGCAACUCGGAGGACUCGGGAGCCGCUUUCCCAGCUGCCCGGGUACAUUGCAAUCACAUUGCAGAGGGAAAUCUCCCCCAAAGCCUCCUUCAACCUUGUCGAAAGAAGCAAGCCUGCGGCAACAAGUGACGGAUUCAUUCAGAGAUUCUGUGCAAAAUGGGCAACUGCGCCUGUGGCGCAAAUGGCGCCAACGAGCGUUUUCUCAAGGAGCAAGUUCCUAACACCAUAGCAAGUCUUUUUGAGUCGUAUGCUGGCCGAAAGAUAGCUCUUUCCGUGCAGGACUUGCAGCAGGUUUUGAUAGACCAGAGGAUCAACAAUUCAGAGGCCCAUGCGCGGCAGCUGAUAGUAAAGCACCGGAAAGAAGUAGCAUCGGGCGGGAAAGAUGCCCUGGAACUGGAGCUACCAGGCUUUGCCUCUUUCCUUCUUGAUGCAGACGUCAAUGCACUCCAGGAUUGUGACAAGGUUACGAACAACAUGCACCAGCCCCUCCCACAAUAUUUCAUUCAGUCUGCCAGCAGAGCAGUUGAGGCGGCUGGAGGUACCGUCGCCAGCACCCUUCUUGAGGCCUUGAAGGGAGGUGCCCGUGUGGUCGACUUGGAAGCGCGAGCAGAUGGGGAGGAGAUCAAGCUAUCCACUGGUGGAAUCACUGCUCCCAUACAUGAGUUGCUGACUGCGGUCAAGGAGGGGGCGUUCUUGGCGUCAGACUUUCCUAUCAUCCUCGUGAUCGAGAACCGUCUCUCUGCACCGCUGCAGGAUCUCUUAGCUCAGCAACUGAAGGACAUUUUCGGCGAGUCGCUUUUCACACCCCCCAGUGGGACACCGGGCGCUGUUCUUCUCUCUCCGAGUGACCUAAUACGGAAGGUCGUGAUUGCCGAAGUGGCUACUGAAUCACCGCCAAACGAGGCAGGCUCCGCAGCCGUCACCCCCAACAGCGUCCUUCCUCUGGCCGGCGCCUCUUUCAUCGAUCUGGACGACAUGCAAAUCAAGGCAGACAAGCGAGUCGGCACACAGAGACAAGCGGCAGCUUUGCUUGGUCAAGCUGAUUCCAAGGAAGAAGGCAGCUUCUCACCGCUGGUCUACAUCCGGGGCCUUAAGGCGUCGGAACCAACCCACUACGCUGAGAAAGUUGGCACCCUAGCGAGCCUGAGCGAGGCUUCUUUCUCCAAAUUGGCGGGCUCGACUCCUUCGGUGCUAGCCAAGUACGCCGCAAACAAUCUGAUCCGCGUCUAUGGUCCUAAUGGAGAGACUGGCUUCUCUGGCCCCAUGAAGGCCUGGUCCUACGGAGCCCAAAUCGUGGCCAGCGAUACCAAGGCGGGCGGAAGGCAGCAAAUGCUCCAGCAGGGCUUCUUCUCGGCCAACGGCGGUUGCGGCUACGUGCUGAAGCCUGAUAUGUUGAAGGCGGGCCCGAGCAUGGGAGCCGCCGUCGAUGGCGCUGCCUUUGAUCCCAAAGCCAAAAAUCGUGUCAAAACGACGCUCAAGGUCAUGAUAGUUUGGAGCCAGUCCGACCAGACUGCAGGGCGACCCGACACGUUCGUACGGGUUACAACGCACGGAGUCCCUGCCGAUCAAGGAACGUACGACACCACGUCGUGGUCGGAUGACGGCAAGCCCGCCGCUUGGGAAAGCGAAGAAUUUCACUUUCCGCUGACCGUCCCAGAGCUGGCGCUUCUUGCAAUAGAGGUCCGGCAGUACAACGCCCAGCAGCAGGACGUCUUAGCCUCCCAGGCCUGCCUCCCGGUCGCAGAGCUUAAGCCCGGUUUGCGCGCCGUCAUGAUGAACGACGCGAGCGGGUUCCCUCUCCCGGACGGCCGAGGCCGCCUACUGGUUCACGUGGAGCUUUCUCCUGCGGGCGACGGGUUUAUUCCUCCGGGGAGCGCUGGCGUGGCCUUAGAAGUGCCCGCGGUUUCUACGUCUGGCGGAGCGCCAACUUCUGGGGGGGCGCCGCAGGGUGCUACGGGAGCCUCUCAACAGGUGGUGCAUACCCGGUACCAGGAGACGAUUAUCCACGAGCGACGCCGCUCCCCGGUGGUGCCGUUCUUGGGGGGCAUGCUCGUGGGGCGUAUGCUUGCACCGCGGCCACGUCAGCAGGUGAUGGUGGUCAACAACAAGGCUCCCGCCCCGAACAGGGUCGUAAAUACUAACGUGACUGUGAACAAGGGGUAUCCAAGACCCGGGGGGUCCUCCUAUGGCCGGCCCGCACCGGCCGUACGAGCAAGCGCGCGCCCAAGCGUGCGAGCGAGUGUGGCGUCCUACUCGAGCGCACGGCCGGCGAGGGCUGCAGGUGGAGGUGGGGGGCGAGUGAGAAGAAGGCGAUGAUGGAAACGAGGCUGGCUUGCUCAAUGCGAAGAAGACGGCGUAUACAACUUCAAAUCGGGACACAGAGACGGGACAAUAUGACCUGAACUUGUUUGCUGAUACAUACAUCGUGUCGUAGGAUGAAUUUGUAAAUUACCAAUUACCGAAAAUGGAAGUGGUCGACCCGAGCUUGAUAAGAUUGUUCAGCUGCCUUGCGUCUUGUCGAUCCAAUUACUGAUCACCUAGUUUUGGAGGAUUUUGUGGACACUCCUAGGCGCAUUUUGAAAAGCGCUUUGUCUUAGUCAAACAACAUAGACGGACUGAUCCGAUGCAUGAUCGAGGAAUAAUGGACUAAUCUAUAGUAUCACUCAAGAACAAAAGUAACACUCUAAAGUUGAAAAAAGUAGUUGAUAAUGGGCGCUGAGCGAGUGGCGCCUUGAUUUAUACGAUAACAUUGACAACGAAUGCACCGUCUAGCCUUUGAUGCAG